AAUUUUUUUGUGUUUUUUUUUUAGCGAUCAUUGAAAAUCGGGAGAAAUGGCCAAGUUGCUGCUGGCAGCGGCCAUCCUCGUUCUCAUUGCGAGCUCUGCGCACGCCGUCCAGUACCGUGCAACGUGCUUUGCGCGCGCAUUGUACUUUACCCAAAACUCUGGUUGCGGUGAUGGAACCUGCGACCCGUACUGCACUGGAUGGGUGAAAUUUGCGCCAAAUGGCAACGCCAACUGGAAUGCGGGUGAACAAGAAUCCCACAACCCUCGUUGGAACAUUGACAUCAACUAUGGCGCUGUGAGCAACUGGGCAGGGACGGUGCAAUGGUAUGUCGACUGCGACGACAACGAUCCUUGGCCCAAUCCCGACGAUGACAUGGGAUGGAGGACGUUCGAUCCCAUCACCCUGAACGGCAAUGAAGAGCAAGGCAGCUUGGCGGCCAGUCCUUGGCAAGGUGUCAACCUUGGUGGCACGACUGGUGGCGAGUUCAACAUUCCUGCAGUCUACGUCUACCAUCGCGCCAUGUGCGACCAAUACUGGUACGGUGCUCGUUGCGGCGAGUACUGCAGAGUCAGCGAUCCUCCGGCGUGCACCGCUUGCAAUCCCUCGUCAGGCGUGUGCACUUGCGCCGUUGGUUACCAGGACAAGGACUGCGGCACUUGCCAGUCAAACUACUGGCCAGUUGGCACGUCGGGACAAGCCGGCUUCCAAUGCGUGUACUGUGUGGAUACGAACACUGCCUCUGCGUGCUACACGUGCCAAACGGGUGGCGUCAAGAGCUGCUGCACUGGCUGGAAGAGCACCAAUUGCGACGUCAAGAAGAACUGCAACUCGUUCGUCGCGCCUCCUGCCAACUCUGUGGCCGUCGCCAGCACCUGUCUCUGCACAACAUACGGCUGCACCUGUCAGUAUUCGUGCAAGUCUGGCUUUUCUGGUGGCUCUGCUACCACGACGUGCCAAAACGACGAAACCUGGCGCUGGAGCUCGACGCUCACGUGCAACGACAUUGACGAAUGCGCUCCCGGCGGCGGCAACCAGUGCGCCCAGACCUGCUCCAACACUAUCGGUGACUAUUCCUGCUCUUGCCUUGCUGGCUACAGCAUCAGCAACGCUGGUCGCGGUCCGAACGGCUGCACGGACAUUAACGAGUGCUCGACAAACAAUGGCGGUUGUGGCCAGAAUUGCAACAAUACGCCUGGAUCGUACUACUGCACGUGCCAGCCUGGCUGGCGUCUUCAACCAGACGGCAAAACCUGCCUGGAGAUUGACGAAUGCCAAGAAGGCUUGGACAACUGCGACGGCAAUGCCACCUGCACCAACAACAUUGGCAGCUUUGAGUGCGCGUGCUUUUCCGGAUUCUCGGGCGAUGGCACUGUGUGCACGGACAUUGACGAAUGCGCCGCUACGCCUUGCGCCCAGUUUGCUGACUGCGCCAACUUCCCCGGCACCUUCACUUGCACCUGCCAAAUCGGCUAUUUGGGCGAUGGCUUUACAUGCAUUGCCAACAACACUGCCUCGUUCGAUGUCGACUCGCGCUUUAUUCUCUUUGAAGAAGGCUCGAAUAGCACCAACACUACCCUCCAUUUGCGCGUGAGUGCCAACUCCAACCGUGAUGGCUCGUUGGUCUAUUUCGACGUCAUUCCGACCGACGCGCUCGCAGGCAUUGAUUACAUUGUCGAAACAGCCUCCCCGCUCGUCUUCAACAAUGGAGACACCGCCCACAACAUUUCCAUCACCAUCGUUGGCGACAACCUUCCUGAGAAUGUCGAAAGCAUUUUUGUUCGGCUGCGCGACCCCUUGCAUUUGGGCAUUGGUCCUUUCAACACGUCCACCAUUGUGAUUGAUGCCAACGACAACCCCAACGGUCUUGUUCGCUACGUCCCGGCUUCGCGUGCUUUUAGCGUCAACAUUACCGCUGGCAGCUAUCCCCUCGUUGUCGAGCGCUACUCGUACUCCAACCUGUCUCAGGCCGUCAAUGUGACCAUCUCCCGCACUGUUCCAGAUGUCAAGAACUUUACCUUGAUCAUCCCUGCAAACAAGUUGAACGCGACUAUCAACAUCCCCCUGCCACUGUCGACCGUGCCGUCGCUCGCUGCGCUCUAUACGUACACCAUUACUCAGGCCAAGAUGGUUGGAACUGGAUUUGCGCCUGUUCCUGGCUACUAUGCCACCUCGCUCGUCACCAUCAACCCCCAUGACGACCCCCACGGCGUCUAUGGCUUCGACUUCCUCACCCAGUCCGUCCAAGAGGGCACCGCCAUUCUCAUCAACCUGAGGCGUCAGCGUGGAACGUUUGGCAGCGGGGCUGUUCGCGUCCGCGCCAUUACGCUCAACUCCAACCAGACAAGCGGUGUCGCAAUCGCAUCGUCGACCGACUACGCUGCCCUCGACCAAGUCCUCGCUUUUGGAGAGGGUGAGAGUGUGAUUCAAAUCUCCAUCACCGCGGUUGCUGACGGCAUCCCCGAACUGGCUGAAAUGUUUGGCGUGCAACUCGAAUUUGUGUCGGGCUUGGGCCGCGUUGACCCGACCAAGGCACUGGUUCUCGUCACCAUUCCCGAGAACGACGAUGCUCGCGGCGUCUUGUCCGUCUCCCGCAUCUACACGUGCAGCGAAGAAUCACUCAUCGUCAACAGUGUCGCUCAGCCGAACAACACUGUGUUUGUGGAAGUUGUCCGCUCCGCAGGUCUGUUUGGCUCCAUCUCCUUCACCUGGUCGACACACGACGGCAAGUUCAACAAUGCCUCUUUGUUGCCCGAGAACUGGGCCAGCGCAGCCCAAAGGGACUAUGUCGCCGUGACGGGUCAAACCGUCACCAUCCCCGCGGGUAUCAGCAGCGUCCAGAUUGCUGUCACCCUGCUGAACGACAACGUUCCGGAAAUGGACGAAUUCCUGUACGUGCAGCUCGUCUCUGCCUCCGGUGGCGCGCGUGUGCACCCGAUCACCAAUUUCACCGACUUGUGCAUCAACCGCAACGACUACCCGCACGGCUUGCUCGGCUUCAACUCGCCCAGUGUCAUGACUCUUGGCCAGAAUGGAGAGCGCCGUUAUCUUGUCAAGGAAGGCGAAUUUGUCACUGCGACUGUCAACCGCUACUAUGGCAGCUUCCGCCGAGUCUCGGGCGUCGUCUCCAUCCUGCACAACACGACCACCUCCAACGACUUUGUCAGCGGCUCGCCCAGCAAGCCGGUGACGUUCGAAGCUGGCCAAACUGUGGCCAGCGUGUCGUGGCAGGUGAGGGACGAUCUGAUUGAUGAGGAUUGGGCUCUCUUUUCUCUCCAGCUGGUCGGCAACGGAAUCAGCUCGGGCCAAGAAGCCACGGCCGUACGGACUGACUCGCCCAUGGACGGCCAAGUGCUGUGUGUCAUUGAUGCCAAUGACGAUAUUGGCGCGCUCGGCUAUCUGAACCCCGACGUUUUUGUCCACGAAUCUGAGGGCGUUGCCACGCUGACCGUGUCGCGCGUUGCCAACAAUCCCAACAAUGUUGACUACGCAACCGACGCUGUCGAAUUCACUGCCACUGGUCAUGAUUUCGACGGAUCGAACGAAAACAACACCCAUACGCUCUCGAGCCUCGCUCAAACGCAAGAUUUCAGCAUCCGACUCGGUGAUGACACCCUCCCUGAAGCAAGCGAGGCGUUCUUUGUGUACUUGAGGAAUGUGACGGGAGCCCGCCUGUCUUGGGCGUCUGUGGCCACGGUGACGAUUCUUGCCAGUGAUGAUGGCCACGGUGUGAUUGAGUUUGCGCCGUCCCGCCAGGUCAACCCGCUGGUGUUUGCCGUGUCCGAGUCUGCUGGCUUCCUGCGUCUGACCCUCUGGCGCGAGAUUUCUCAGAUUGGCCGCGUUAACGCGACCUUUGUCCUGUCGACGAAUGUGACCUCCCACGCCGCGUUCGCUCCCUUGAUCUCCGUGUUUGUGCCCUCAACUCCUGUCAACUUGACGACCGAUGUGGAUGCCACGCCGUACGAGAUUGUUUUCGAAGACGGGCAAAACAGCACAGAGCUUGUGAUUCCGAUCGUGAACAACCAUGUGCUGCAAGGCUCCAAGUACAUGUACCUUCGCCUGGCCGAUGUUGGCGGCGGUGCGCGCUUUGGUGUCAGCCAGGCCAUUCUCAUUCUGAUCAAUGACGAUGAACGCGAGCCCGAUUCGUCGGAUGCUACAACGCUAGCUGUCGCGUCGGGCGUGCCUGCGUUUGUGCUCUUGCUCCUCUUGCUGUUGUUGAUUUUGCUUGUGCUUCGCCGCCGCAGGCGACAAAAGCAAGCCAAGCUGACCCCGCCCGACCGCCACCACGCGGCCGUGUCUGGCAUCGAGCUCAACCCACUGCAUGCGCUGCACGGCACUGGUUCCGGAUACGACCAUCUUCACGGACCAGGCACGACUUACGACUCGCUCCGCCCGGCUGGCGACGAAGGCAUCUAUGACGACCUCGGCGCUGUGGCCGUGGCUGCAGAUUACGACCGCCUCGGUGCGCCCGCCGCCGAUGACACGUACGACAACAUUCGCGCCAACCCGGUCUACAUUAACGACAAGUCUGACGAGAGUGGGUAUGAAGUCACCCGAACUGCCGCUGCAGCCAGCGACUCUGACGGCAUCUACGAUGGUCUCGGUGGUGGCGCUGGCGAAGAGUCGCCUUACUCUGUGGCCGCCAAGUACCAGGAGGCCUUUGGCCCUGGCCCGGAUGCGCCCCCGCAGUACGAAGACACCAAUGGUUUUGCCCAAACGGUUCAAUAUGGCGAUGCCAACACCAGCAACGGUGACUACGAAGAUACCAUGCCAGGAAGCUCCACGCAGUAUUCCUCCAUUGUCUCUGGUCCUCAGCAGUAAAUGCCCGGAAUUGGGAUCAUAACCAGCUCUCCCUUUCCCUUUUGUUAAUAUGUGUUGUUGUUGCGCGUGGCGCUCGUGAUGAGGAAGCCAGUCGAGCGUUGCUUUGUUUUGUUUGUUUGUUUAUUCGCUUGCUUUGCUCUUUCUCUCCACACCGCUUCGUAUCUGUUUGGGUUUUUUUUUCCUUGUUGUGCUCCUUGAUUGUCUGUGUCUGUGACUGUAUCUCUUUGUGUUUGUCUGUUGUUUUUCCCACCCGGACUCUUUGUGAGAAUUGUCAAUACAUUUUGUGAUACUACCCACA